AUGCUCUUUGGUGCCAUCAAAGUCUCUCCUUACAGCUGUCAAUGGCGAAUCCUAUUGAGUGGAAGACGAAGAUCAACAUUUGAAUUUGGGUGGGUGUCUCAGAAGCAAGCAAGCGAUCUCUAUCUUAUAGUUGUGGUUGUCAAGGAUACCGUUUCCAUGGCUUUGGAAAUCAGCUACCUGCAAGUCGUCUCUUUAUCGGUGGAUCUUCAGAGCAAUGUUUUUAUCGGUGCCAUGGUGGAUCUCAUUCUUCAAGUACCUGUACGGAUACCUUUGGGCAUAUCAUCCAUCGUUGGUAGCUAUGAUUCAUUUGCGACAGUGUGGUCAGCCCUAUCAUGGCCCUAUCAAUUGCAUUUGAGGAUUACUGCCUUAGCCGUUGGAAGUUAG